UGACCAAUCGUGCGACGGAGAAGUUAAAGUCCGGAGCAGUGACAGGCAACCAAUCGGCAGUCGAGGGUCACGGGCGCAUCGGCUUUCAAAAAACGUUCCGGCCGCUCGCGCAAGUUGCAAGCGAUAUACACAGGCUUUUCAAGCGGAGCAGCGUGUUGUGGCAAAAGCGUUACGUCUGCGGCAGCAACCGUUUCUGGAGGCUGCAUCGAGGACGAAGCACGCUGGACCCGCCACAAACGCUGACCAUGUCCGUGAACUCCUUCGUGGACGCACGUCGACGUCCGUAGUGCCAGUAGCAGCGUCCGCAGCUACCCCGGCGGCAUCUAAUCUACAAUGGCUCCACCAAAUCGCAAGAGGCGUUCGAAUGAGACGGCACAGCCGUCUGCCCCGAAACGCCGCCGGUCGGGCAACAACCUGCCGUCGCCCGGAGCACGGGUGAACGUGGCCGUGCGGGUUCGCCCGCUCAGGGAUCGAGAAGCCGAGACGUCCAGCAUCAUUCGAGUGGUCGACGACAGAUGCCUCGUCUUCGACCCCAAGGCCGAGGCGGAGCCUUUCUAUUUUCAGGGACAGCAGGUGUGCGCCCCAGGCCUGGUCAAGCCAAACAAGGACCAGACAUUCAUGUUCGAUCAGGUCUUCGAUGACACCAAGGACAAUCAGUAUGUGUUUGAGCACACCACCAAGGAUAUGCUGACCACGCUCCUUGAAGGGUGCAAUUGCUGCGUAUUUGCAUACGGUCCGACUGGUGCUGGGAAGACAUACACAAUGCUGGGCUCCGAGGAAUGCCCGGGAGUGAUCACCCUCACGGUCGGAGAGCUGUACCGGCUGGUAGAAAAGCUAAGGUCCGAAGGCCAGACAUGCGACGUGGCAGUCGCCUACAUGGAAGUGUACAAUGAGGUGGUGCGCGACCUGCUCUGCCCCAACGGGCCAACGCUGGUCGUGCGGGACGACCCGGCCAAGGGCAUCGCCAUAUCAAACCUCACCAUACACAAGGUGAAGGAGGCCGGUGCGCUAUUUCAGCUGCUUGUGAAAGGAAGCAAGAACAGGACACAGCACGCCACUGACGCCAAUGAAGUGUCAUCUCGAUCACAUGCCAUUUUCCAGGUGUACGUCACUCAGACGGAGAACGUUACGAGCACGAGCAAGGGAAUCAGAGUCUCAAAAAUGAGCUUCAUUGACCUUGCCGGCUCUGAGCGUGCUGCUGCGAUUAAUAGGAAUGUGAAGGAGCGGAUACGCGAGGGUACGAAAAUCAACCUGUCACUGCUGGCCCUUGGCAACUGCAUUGACGCCCUUUCAAAAAGUGGGCCGCAGCGAGUGCCAUAUCGGGGCUCCAAGCUCACCCACAUCCUGAAGGACUCGCUGGGUGGCACGUGCCGCACCCUCAUGAUCGCAGCAGUGACUCCUUCCAAGCUCAGCUACACGGACACGCACAACACCCUCAAGUACGCUGAGCGGGCCAUGAAGAUUGAGCUGCAGGCCAAAAAAAAUGUGCUCAAUGUGAAUGUGCAUAUGACGAUGUACACCGCGCUGAUCGACGAGUACAAGCAGAAGGUGGAGGGCCUUCAGCGUAAGCUCGACACGGUGACAACUGAAAAGACCGCGCUCGAGGCCGAGGUGCAAGAGCUUAAAGACGGUCUGGCGACGAUGACGGCCAGCCGAGAUGCCCUGCUACAAGCUCGGGAAACCGGCGAUGGCGGGUGUGGGCCAGCGACGUGUAACGACGUCCUGUCCACAACUCCCGUCCUGUCGCCCAGCGUGGAGGUGAGCCCGGCCAGUGAUGGCAGGAUGAAGUACUACGUUGAUGCAGCGCAGAAGAUAUAUAGAGUGCGCGCUAAGAUCAUCAGCCAGAUCUGGGAGAACGAGGCCGUCAUUCGCAUGAGCCAGAUAGCCGCAACCCUGCUGCUGAUAGCUGCAGGCCAUGACCCCGGUGAGACACGAAGCCUUCAGAUGGCAAUCGUGAAUCCUGCGCAUCCGCUUCCGGACCGCUGCACCGCCGAGCCAGUCCUAGUGACAUUGCAGAUGUUCGUAGAUGCGGCAGCGGCUGAAGCGUCCAUAUGGGCCUCGGUCGGUAUGGCGAUAUUCUUCCAAUCGGCUGCAGAGAUGUUGAAGCCAGCGAGCGGCUUGCACCAAUGGUCGACGUCACCAGUGACGAGGGACACCAAGACGGCUUGGCAACUAACCGAGAAGGCCCCCAGGAGAACCAGCAGGCGCAUCCUCUUCUGGAAGGGCCCGUGGCCGAAGCCAUCUUCGCAGUCAAACGACUCGCUUGUUCGGAAAUCUACACUUGCCAGUCGCUGUGGGAGCAAGACGUCCAUCGCCUGGCAGUGA